CUGUACUUCACAUGACACUAGUUCAUUAAUUAGUAUGUCAAUUUAAACAAAAUAUUAAAUUAUUUAAAGUCAUAGAAAUGGAAUCCAUUUUUAAGAAGUUUAUUAAGAAAGGAUCAGAUUUUUUCUUUAAAAAAUGUGAAGAUUGUGAAUAUUGUCGAUUAGAUCAAAUGUCCUGUGAGUGUCUUCGAGUUAGUCAUCACCAGUUAAUGAAAUUCUCAUCAACUGUUGAAACACUUAAUGAACAGUUGAUUCAUCAGAAAAUUGAUUUUGAGAAAAGAAUGAAAUCCCUUGAAGAUAACUGCAAUAAGAUUCUAGAUGAAAUCAAUAAUUUACGCAAGGCAAUCAAUGAUUCUUUGGAUGAACUGGAGAAGAAUACCAAGAAGGAGUUGGAUACAUUACUUGCCACCAUGAGAACUUCUAUUCAAACUAACAUAGAUAACUGCAAUGAGUCUAUAAAUACAAUGACAUGUGUACAAAAAGACUGGCUAAGCAUGAUGCAUGAAGUGAUCGACCCACGGAUCGACCCAUCUUUCAGUGAGAAAACGUAUAAAAAAUGCCUUCACUACUCCACGGACACUGAAAACGUUUUGCAAGAAAUGAAAGUAAAGAAUGAGGUGACAUUUACAUUUAAUCCUUCUACAUUAAUCCUAGAAACUCUGUCCACCCUCUCAGGAUUGGGACAGAUACUACAAAAUGAAAAGCAAUCACAAGGUGUUAGAGGCACAACACAGGACAGAUUUACCAGACAAACUUUUGAAGACACAAAACAGGUCAGAAGGAUGGUCGUAUCACUUAAACCCCGCAGCAGUAUGAGGGAUAAACUUGCCAAAAGGCUUGCAGACAGAAUCAUCGAAUCAAAUGCAAACAAAAUCAUCAUACAAAAUGCAAACAAAAUCAUCAAGUUAGAGAAAAGCAAGAUAUUCAUGGUGAGAAUGAAAAGCGAAUCACACAUAUGCUUGAUAACAGGUAUCUGUGAGACAGUUGCUGGACUACUCAUUAUAGACUCAAGGAAAAGCAAUAUAAAGCUGCUGGAUGAGAACUACAAUGUGGUUGCAUUCUGUAACUUGCCUGGUAUAACAGAGUCCAUGUGCAGCAUUGACUCCAGUCUAGUGGCUGUUGCUAUGGCUAGCAGGGAGAUUCACUUCAUAAGAGUGACCAAUGGUCAGCUAGUACAUGAUGAUAGGACAAUUAAGCCCCAGCAUUUCUGUGUGUGUAUUGCCCAUCAGAAGGGCAACCUGUACAUUGCAUCAGGCACAGCCCUGUACAAAUACACUAUAGAUGGGAGACUUGUGUGCAAGAUGUAUGAAGAUACAUCAUGUUUCAGUACAGUCAAAUCCUGUGCAGUAAGUCAAGAUGGAAGCAGGAUUUAUGUGGCCAACCAGGACUGUAGCAAGCGGCUCACACUGUCCAGUGAUGGUAAAGUGAUCUCCAAACUUUCUCACCCUGCACUGAAGUUGCCAUCUACAUUUGGCCAUCAUCCCCUUCACGUGACAGGCUUAGGACAAGUUCUGGUAUGUAAUGCUGACUUCAACACAGUCAUCCAAGUCGACAGAGAUGGGAAAAAUAUACUGGCAGAGGUGGUCACAAGAAAUGAUGAUUUUAGAUCACCACUAUGUGUCUUCUACAGAAACAAAACAGGAACACUGGUUGUGGAAUUGAUGUAUAAUAACCACAUAAUGGUGUUCACCCACAGUGAAUGCUGAAAUAAGUUUCAAUUAAAACUCGAUUGUAUGCCAAGAAAUUUACAAAACUGUGUCCUUCACUUAAUAAUAUAAAGAGAUUUAUAAAAAAUUAAAUGAUACGCAUUUGCCAUCAUUAUCAUGGUUAUGAUUGUUUUUCUUACAAAUCACAAUUUAUUGGCAUGAAUUUGCUGUAGAAAAUGGGUAUGCAUGAUAGACUGAAAUCUGUCUUCAUUGAAUCCUAAGAAAACCCAACGCUGUGAAAACCAAACCCUGUGAAAACAAAGUACGCUUCUUGAAAAAACAAAAGUGCCCGGUCAGUCGCAUUUUUUUCCCACUAAAACAAAAUAUAUAAUCAACUGUGCACUGUCAACACUGAAAAUCUUACAUUUGUUAUGGAAAUUGUAUACCAUUCUAGCGUAAAAGAACUGAAUAAUCCUAAUGGUGUAGUCAGUUCAGUGCCAAUUUUUGCCACCUGUUACAAUUUUCAGGAAUAUAUAGAUUGUACAUUUUAUUUACACACUAAGAGAAUAAAUACAUACACCAAUUAAAUUAAUGAAUAACUCACUCAAACUUAAUGUAUCUUUACAUGUCUAAACUCAACUCCACCCUCCCAAGAUUCUCCCUGUUCCAGACUUUUAUUCAAUUCUACCUACCCUCCCAUAUUUGUGAUAGUGUGCAUUGACACUGAUAGGCCCCUAACAUUUCAUUAAUAUUUAUUAUGCCAGCUGUACAAAUAUCUGACAAACAGACUCUGCCAAGCAACAGAAAUGACCAGACGUUGCUUAUUUAUUAUAUGAAUCAAGACAACAUAAUAUUGUGUUCUGAAAAUGAUGUUCACCAUGCUCCUUUGGCAUCAAAUAAAGCAGUCUUAAUUAAGUUUUUAUACUAAAAAUUACAACAAACCACAGAGGCAUAUCCAAAUAAUUGGGGACACAUUUUAUUGUUGAUAACAAUAACCAGAGGGUAGUGAAAUAAGCAAUUACCUUGUUAUUUGCUAUGGCAUUUUAUAACAUGUGAGCAAAAUAUAAGUUUACAGUUUUAUAAUAAUGGUAAAAAGUAUGUACUUUUUAAAAACUUUAAAAAAAUGUUUCUAAGAUUAAAUUUAUUUUAAAAAUUACCAGUUUUAAAACAUUCUUUUUAAGUUGUUUCAACACAUUUUUUUUCUAUAUGUGUGAUUUCCACUUUUUGUUUUGGAUACUAUAGAUAUUGAUUUAUGUAAAUUCAUGUACAUAUCCAGCAUUACAUUGUUGAAUGUACAAAUUGCUUGAUUGAUGCUUAAAUUUAGUUGUCACUGUAUUAUAUAGAUGUGUGUUUUUAUUAUGCAAAGAAUAAUUGAAAUAGACAAAGUAAUAAACUGUUUAUAUACCAAAUGCA